AUGGACGCGGCACAUAGUGGAGAUGGUUGGGGUAUCGGUGGUGAAUUGGAAUUGGCUCAAGACUUCGAAGUUAUCGAUCUAAAUGAAUUUGAUUCUAGUUGUGGUUACAUUUCAGAAGCAGAUGACUCAACAUAUAUUUCUUCGUUUCUUAAUGGUCUCGUAACUGAUGAAACUCUUUAUUCACGAUAUUUGAAUGGGAUUAUCAGUUUUGAUGAUUUGAUGCGUGAAAUGCACCAUUCUACUACUCUGGACAAUGAUUCUUGCCACAGUAGUGAUUCAGACUGUUCUGGCAAAAACGACGGUUCUGAAUAUUCUACACGACCUAGGAGAUCUAAAAGACGACAAAAUUCUGAUACAGUUGGAAAGAAAAAACUGAAAUUAAGAGGACCACUUAUUUCUAAACGUGCUCGCCUACCAAUUGAGUUAGCACAAUAUCUUGGAGAAGCUGAAAGACAUUUGAACAAUGAUGAAUUCGAACACGCUGAACGUAUUUGCUAUCAGAUCAUUGACACAGCUCCCCAAGCUUCCCAACCAUAUAUUGUUUUGGCCGAAAUUAGUUUCCGUCGUGGGAACCAAGAAAAAGCCAAGGAAUUUUUAUAUCAAGCUGCUCAGAGGAACCCAUCCGAUAAAAAUACUUGGCUUACCCUAGCGGACUGGGCUGAAGAAGCUGAGGAUUUCCCUCUUGCUAUACACUAUGCACGACAGGCCCUUCGAAGAAAUCGAGCUGAUACAUCAUUACGCCAACGUCUUAUAGACUUAUGUCAUGUAGCUGGUCGAAGCAGAGAGGCAUUACAGUUACGUUUGGCCGCUCUUUCAGUUACCCCGGAAUCGACGGGUGAGGAACAAUUUGAAGUUGCUCGAGAGCUAGCCGAUCAAUUUUUCAAACUACUUGAUCCACAUAACUCAGUAAAGGCGUAUGAAAAUGCUUUUGAACAAUACCCAGAUCAUGGGACGGAUAAUGAUCGAAAUUCGGCCUUAUCAAUUAUGUUUCAAAUGAAACGUUAUGAUCAAGCUCUAAAGUUUUUCACUUCCUUCUGUGGUGUCAAAUUGUAUUUAAAUUCUGGGGAUUUAUUUGACAUGGACAGACAUUCAUCGAAGUUGUCAUCUGUGGAGAAAUUUAAAAGAUGUGAAUUCCCUGAUAAUAUGGCUGUUGAAUUACAGUUGAAAUUGUUUCUUAUUCUUGCACACCUGGGACUUGGCCCAUUAGUUAUGUCCCGUGUUGAAUCAACGUACACAAAUGAAAAUAUUACAAAAUAUUCUAAUUGGCUUUUGGAUAUCGUCGUAGCUUACAAAGAGAAAAAUUUAUACUCCAUAGCGAUUCAGCUAAUUCUAAAACUCAAAAAAUCAAAUGUUACCUGUAAGUUGGUACAAGUUUGGACAUUACUGGCUGAAUGUUAUUUAGAAGCAGGUGAAACAGAAAGUGCCAUCAAAGCCUAUCUCCAUGUCAUAGAAAAUCUUGAUCCUCGGAAUACCGGUGCACGUCUGGGUCUCGUAAAUCUUCUUAGACGCCUUGGUAGGAAUCAGGAGGCUUUAAAAUUCUUAAAUCCCUCAAAUUUAGUUCAGAAAGGUGUUAAACCCGAAAUAUCUUUGACCGAACAGUGUGAUUUAAUUGUACAGAAAAGAGAAAGAUCUCCAUUGAAAUCCAUUCACAGAUCAACUGUUAAAUCAUCUGCUUCUUCUGACUUACAAAAAAUUUCAGUUGUUGGUGACAUCGAUAGUGAUGAAUGUUCUGUUGAGAAAGUUUGUCUAGAUAGUGACUGGCUCGAUGCAUCUGCUAACCUUGUCUCCCGUGAUCAUGUGGCAUACAGAUUAGCCUACGAACGUUGUCGAAUGCUUGAUACACCAGAAAGUGUAGAUUCAUUUUUAGAAGAAGCUUGGGCCUUGCUGUUUAGUGAUGUGACACGUGUUUGCGGACCUAGAUUUACUCAACUUGCCUUAACACUUGAUAGUGAACAGCAUCGAAAAUUAGUGAUUGACCGACUAGCUUCUGUUGCUCCAGCAUUGACUGAUACAUUAUCUAACCAGAUAGACGCUGAACGUUCGACUACAGAAACAAAUGGUGUAAGCAGCUCAGAUAUUUGGGGAUUAUUUUUGCGUGUUGUUGAUGUGUUACGUGCUCGUUUGCCAAAAUCAUUGCCCCAAUUGGAAACAGCUACUGCAUGGGCUUCUUUAUUACCUCAUGUUCAAGGCAAUGAUUUACGUCGGUUAGCUGCAAGUCAUCUUUUAAUUAGCUCUUCACUUAUUGCACGUCAUGGCACACCAGCAUUUUUGGAAUUACGAAAAAUUCAAAAACAGUGGAGUGAAUAUAACCAGUAUUGGAAUGUGAUGAAUCUGGCAAUCACUCUUUCACGUGAUUUUAAACACUGUAGAUUUUUGGAUCGUUUGGUUACUAAAGAUAGUUUGAAUUUGGCUAUCGGUACUAUUGCUAGUAGUGACACUUUGGUUCGAGGUUCAUAUCGUUAUGCUAUUGCCCGACUAAUCAAUAUGAGAGAAAAAUUUCCGGACGAUGCGCUUCUCACUUUAUUACUUGCUGUUGGCUUUUUAAGUAUGUCCAUGCAAAAACACAUUGGUUCACGUCAUCUUGCUAUUUUACAGGCUGUUGGUUUUCUUGGGGAAUAUAAACGUUUACGUGGUGAUUGCCAGGAGGUUUACUACAAUAUAGCACGUGCUUGUCAUCAACUUUUAAUUACUCAUAUGGCUAUUCACUAUUAUGAAAAAGUCCUUAAUAUGGAGCCUAUUGGAAACAAUCAUGAAGAAAAGUCUCUUACUAAUCUGCAUAAAGAAGCUGCUUUCAAUUUAGCUCUUUUGUAUCGAACUAAUGGGAAUGCAGCAAUGGCGCGUCAUAUACUCCAAAAAUAUGUUGUCAUUUAA